GCGGAGCGCGCAGAUCCGGACGCACCUGAGCAGACGGAGCUCAGCGGCGUGGCCGUCAGAGAGCUGCACAUAGCUCUUCACCUGUUCUGAGCCACACGCACACAAACACACACACGCACACGCUUCUCCGCAACAUCUGCCACGUCGCCUCUGAUGAUGAAGAGACGGGGACAGCCCGGACGGAGUCUUCGCGGGUGUGGAACAUUUCUGCGUCCUCUGGCGUCUCCGCUGGACCACAUGAUUGAAUUUUAACGCAGAUCGUUUUCGAUCGUUCAAACCGGUGACUUUGAGAAGCCUUGAAACUCCGGUGCGGGCUGUGUGUGAAGCUCGGUGCUUCGUUCUCACUACAAUGUCCCAGACCAUCUGCGUGGGAAACUUACAGGCAUGCUGCACGCGGAGGGGCGCGUACGUGCGAGCGGGCUGAAACAGAUGGACGCAAGCCCAGCGACACACCGGAGACGCGCUGUGCUGCUGAAUGGGUGACGAGCUGCAACUCACGUCACCAGCCCUGUGAAACCACCUCCCAUUGCAUCGUGCGGGACAGGAUUCCCCCAGCAGAGCUGCAGGGAUGUACCAGGAGGUGGCCUUCCUGGCAGGGAACACUGAUCACCAGUUCACCACAUUCCAGUUUAAACGCUUGGAGAACCCACAAGAGGUCACAUCCAAGAAGGGGUUGUUCUAUAAGCGCGCUCAGCUCCUGCUUCAGCCUCAGUCUCACCGAGAGGAUGGAGGUGAGAUUGACCUGGCGGAUGGGGCAGCCAUCAUCAAUGUGGGUGGCAUUAAGUACCACAUCCCCUGGUCCACGCUGGAUGAGUUCCCUCUGACGAGACUGGGGAAGCUACGGGCUUGUAGCAACGAAGCAGAGAUCAUGGACGUGUGCGAUGAUUACGACGGCAGCUGCAACGAGUACUUUUUCGACCGAAACCCGUCAGCUUUCCGCAUCAUCGUGACUUUCCUGGCAGCGGGAAAACUGAGGCUCCUGAGGGAGAUGUGUGCAUUGUCCUUCCAGGAGGAGCUGCUGUACUGGGGGGUGGAGGAGAACAACCUGGACUGGUGCUGCCUCAGGAAGCUGCGAUUAAGGCAGGAGGAGUACAAAGAGCAGCAGAGGCUGGAGGAGGAGGAGGGGGCCGAGCUCAACUCACCGCAGUCCUGCGAGGAGACCCAGCAGCCUGUGGAAGGACCAGAGGAGACCUUUUCAGGAGGCUGCAUGCGGAGGCUGAGGGACAUGGUGGAGAACCCCCACUCAGGCCUUCCAGGGAAGAUCUUCGCCUGCCUCUCGGUCUUAUUUGUAGCCAUCACUGCUGUGACCCUGUGUGUCAGCACCAUGCCCGACCUCAGAGAGGAGGAGGAGAGAGUGAGUUCUCUUCAGAAAUAACUUUUUUUUUUCAAAAUACAGUGAGGUCAAUAAUUAUUGUGUGAUUUUGCAAGUUAUCUUACUUAGAGAUCAUGGAGGGGUCUACAAUUUUCAGCAUAUGUGCAUUUCCACUGUGAGAGACAGAAUCUAAAAAGAAAAAUCCGGAAAUCACAUUGUAUGAUUUUUGAACAAUUAAUUUGUGAAUUACUGUGUCAAAUAAGUAUUUUAUCACUUGCUUAUUAGCCAGAUUUCUGACCCUCAAAGAUCUGUUAUUUUGCUUUCAAAUAGUCCAGCUACACUCUGCUCAUGAUUCUAAAUUUGUAGCACCUGUUUGAGGUCGUUAGCUGUCAUAAAGACACCUGUGCACCCCACAAUCAGCCAGAGUCUAAGUAGCAACAUGGGCAAAACCAAAGAGCUGUCAAAAGACACAAGAAACAAAAUUGUAGACCUUCACAAAGCUGGAAAGGGCUACAAUUGCCAAGCAGCUUGGUGAAAAAAGAACAACUGUUGGAGCAACUGUCAGAAAAUGGAAGAGGCUAAUGAUGACUGUCAACGUCCCUCGGACUGGGGCCCCACGGAAGAUCUCUCCUCGUGGGGUUUCAAUGAUGCUAAGAAUGGUGAAGAAUCAGCCCAGAACUACACGGGAGGAGCUGGUCAAUGCUGUGAAGAGAGCUGGGACCAUCGUUUCCAAGGCUACUAUCAGUAAUACACUAAGACGUCAUGGUUUAAAAUUGCAUUGCACGGAAGGUUCCCCUGCUUAAGUCAGCCCAUGCCCAGGUCCGUCUGAAGUUUGCCAGGGACCAUCUGGAUGAUCCAGAGGAGUCAUGGGAGAAAGUCCUGUGGUCAGAUGAGACCAAAGUAGAACAUUCGCCAUUUUGGAGGAAGAAGAAUGAUGAGUAUCAUCCCAAUAAUACCAUACCUACUGUGAAGUAUGGGGCUGGAAGCAUCAUGCUCUGGGGGUGUUUUUCUGCUCAGGGGACAGGACGACUGCACUGUAUUAAGGAGAGAAUGAAUGGGGCCAUGUAUUGUGACAUAUUGGGCAAAAACCUCCUUCCCUCAGUCAGAGCAUUAAAGAUGGGUCGUGGCUGGGUCUUCCAACAUGACAAUGACCCAAAGCACACAGCCAGGAAAACCAAGGAGUGGCUCCGUAAGAAGCAUAUCAAGGUUCUGGAGUGGCCUAGCCAGUCUCUAGACCUAAAUCCAAUAGAAAAUCUUUGGAGGGAGCUGAAACUCCGUGUUGCUCAGCGACAGCCCCGAAACCUAACAGAUCUAGAGAAGAUCUGUAUGGACGAGUGGGACAAAAUCCCUCCCUGAAC